CUGUCCUGAACACUAUUCCAGAACCACGACACUGGGGGUAGAUCUCGCCCAUUGACCUCGAAAUACUGCCACCGAUAAGGCAGACUAGUCGUCCGUUCUCUCACACCUCACUGAGUGCUGCCAGGGCCUCUAAGCCGGAAAAAAGAUCGAGGUCUUCAACACUUGAAAUCGACAAGAUGACUGCCAUUGAAGAUCCCACGGGCGAAUAUGCCUUCCUUUCGAAGCUCCUCCAACAUAUGGAUCGCCAUCUCAUCUUCCCUCUACUCGAACAUCAAACCAGCUCUGAAGACAUCUCACAGCAAAGAUACGAUGACCUCAAACUUGCCAUCUUCAACCUCCUCAAGAACACGAAUAUGAUUGAUUAUGUCGGCAGCCUGUACAAAGAAAUCCACAAGUCGGAGAAUGUGCCUACAGAGUACGCGAAGAAGAGAGAGGAAGUUCUGAACAAUCUUGCAAAGUUCGAAGAAGAAUCCUCCCACCUCACAAACCUUCUCAACGACGAGGCUGUCACGUCUCAACUACGUAGCGACAAAGUCGCCAACUUGAAAUUCCUCGAAGAACAGCAUGGUGUAACUCAACAGAUGGUAGACAACCUCUACGACUUUGGCCGGUUCCGUUACGAAUGUGGUCUCUACCCCGAGGCGGCUGAUUUGCUCUACCGAUUCCGAGUGCUCUCCACCGACAACGACAAAGUUGUCAAGGCCACGUGGGGUAAGCUGGUGUGUGAAAUCCUGGGCGAAGAAUGGGAAAGCGCACUUGAAGAAGUCGAAAAGGUCAAGGAGCAUAUCGAGACCAGACUUUUCAACAACCCACGGGCGCAAUUAACGGCUCGAGAAUCGCUUGUCCAUUAUGCGCUCUUCCCAUUUUUCAACUACGAACCUGCCCGCGAAAAGCUCACCGAAAUGUUCUUCUCUCCUCCAUACAUCAGCUCCAUUCAGACCGUCUGCCCCUGGAUCCUGCGGUAUUUGGCUGCAGCCGUCAUUACGAACCGUGGUCGGCUCAAUAACUCUCACAACUACCAGAAACAACUGAAGGAUCUGGUCCGAGUUGUCAAGCAAGAAAUCUACGAAUACCAAGAUCCCGUGACAGAGUUCGUCAAGGCGCUCUAUGUCGAUUUUGACUUUGAAGGCGCACAGAAGAAGCUCUCUGAGGCCGAGGGUAUUCUGCGAGGAGAUUUCUUCUUGGGGUCAUCUACAGAUGCAUUCAUGGAUUCGGCUAGACACCUCAUUUCAGAAAGUUACUGCAAGAUUCAUCAGAGAAUUGAUAUUAAGGAUCUCUCGACCCGGUUGGGUCUGUCUCAAGGUGAAGGCGAGAAAUGGAUUGUCAACCUGAUUCGGGACACAAGAGUGGACGCAAAGAUUGAUUAUCAAGCUGGCACCGUGGUGAUGAACCAUCCUCCGCAGAGCGUGUAUCAACAGGUGAUCGAAAAGACCAAGGGCGCUUUCUUCCGUACGCAAGUGCUCAGCGCCGCCGUUGCCAAGUGAAGUGUAGGUGAGAAUGGUGAAUGAGGAACCGGAUAGAGAGGAAAAGAACAGCCGGACCUCGAACGCAAUUACUAUUGAUUUCAGCAAGACCAAAUCAGAGGAGCUUAAGCUCAUUCAGUCAAUAGAUGCCGGGGCCCAACUCCCACAACGCAGAAAACUGGGGCGAAGAGUUGAGCAAACAAUUACGUCGUGAGACGGAGAUCUCUUAUCCAGCCGAGAGGAUGAUGAUGGGUCAAGCUGUAAUUGUGUCGAGGGGGGAAACGAGGCCGGAACUCGGGCGCGGAAUGUACAGCAUGAUUGAUACCCGUGAAACUGCUUCAUGAGCUACGGAAAUGAGUUAGAGCUAGAAACAAAAGCAUGGAAAGGGGUUGGCACCAUGAUAUGUUGGACUUGUCAAUUCAUGCUGUCCCCCCCAAAGCCAGAAAAUGAAGAUGCCAUGAACAAAAG